AUGAAGCUGCCGGCGAGCCCCGAGAAGGAGAAGUCCCUGCAAGGGAGGAAGAAGGAGGCGACGCCGAGCCCGGGGCUGGGUCAAACCGGGGGAGCUCAGCUGCUCGGGCACACUCCCCCCCUAACUAAGAGACCGACAGAGGAAGAAGUCGGGGGGUCUGGUCGGAAGAGGUACCGGAAGGGGCAGCCAACGGAGUCGGUUGUUCCGAGUCAGGUUUUGGCUCUGGCCGGGGACCUGAGUUUGGCCGGUCGAUUGAGCGAAGGAGGGCCGGCUUCUCUGGGCGAGAACACCGCCCGGUUGCUCCUGGAGGCCAUGACCCGGCUUCCCACUGCGCUGACCGGGAGCGCCUUCACCCAGUUCGUCAGCUUCACAGGGAGGUUACCGGCCGCCGUUCCCCGGCUAUCCGCUAACCCGGCUCCCCAAGCCAACCUGCAGAUAAUCAGCCUGCUGAGCGACUUUGUCGCCGCGGCCGCCCCCGUCUCGACCACGCUGGCCGAGAUCCUGCUGAUGGCCAUGUACGAGCUUCUGAAGGACAGAGACAUCAUCGGCGCGAUCCCGACCAGUCAUCAACCUUCCCCGCCUCGCGGAGGGGGCCCAGGCCCAGGGUCCGGAGAGGAAGAUUCAGAGGAGGAAGACAGGGAGCUCGUGCGGCGCGGGGCCGCGACGGGCGCGGCCCAACGCGGCCUCUCGCGCGAUUCGCGCGGCCGCGAGCGCUCCCCCCUCUCUCGCCGCGCACGCAGCGAGUCCUUCUCGGGGGACAGAAGCACUUCGAGCUCUUCUGAGGGCUCGGAACCCCCCUCGCCAACUGUAGGAGGCGCGACUUCGGCUCGACGCGUGUCCCGCUCCCCCGACAAAGGUGCCACGUGGCCGGCGCCUCUCUACCCGACUCCGCGCCCCACCGCGGCCGCGAAUCCGCCAAUGCAGGUCGCGGCUCCGCCCCGCGUCGCGCCAGAGGUCGACUCCCCCUUCUUUCGCAUGGACGAGGACGAAGUCGACUUCGAGCCCACGCCGGAGCGCUUCCUGACGGCGGAGGAUGACGUCACGGCCAUGGAGAAGGCGCCCCCGGUUGGUGACCGCCUCCCGGUGCAUCAGCGCCUGGGGACCGCCACGGUUUUCUCCGAACGGAGGCCCAUUUCUGAGCGCCUUUCUGGACAGGUGCAGGAGCCCAGAGUGCCGGUCGCAGACCGCCUCGGGCCCACGAACAGUCGGCCCCGAGUCCAGGAUCGGCUUGACUUCUCCAGGGCGCCCUCCCCCGGUGAUGAGCCCACGGUGACGAUCGGGGAUCGUCUCCUCUCGCUCGCGUCCGAAGAGGAAAACCGCGAGGAGUUGGCGCUCGAGCAGCAGUUUGAGGGGAUCCCCUCACCGACCCCUGGGGUACAGCUGGACGGAACCCCUGAACCAGAUGAUGGGAGCGUUAAAACCAAACGCUCCCGCUUCGACGAGCGCCCCUCUUUUCUGACGGCACUCGAGGCAGAGCUGCGCUACAUCUCGGCGCAGCGACUUUUGCAGAAACAUCGCCUGGCGGAGAAGACGUGGAGCGCCUACUGCGACGACCCCAACAACAUGUGCCCGGGUCGAGCUGAAGACUUGGACUGCCUCGAGGGCAUCCUUUUUCAGAUAGCGGAGGCUGAGGCGGAGUGUGAACGGGCGAAGUGGGAAUUCGACUUUGCGAAGGUGCGCGAGCAGGCGCAGGCUAAGGCAGCCGCGGCCGCCGCCUCUGUUUCGACGAUCAGUCUGGGGUCGGGGUUUGAGCAGGGAAAGAAGAAGCGCCCCGCCAACAGACGCGGGGGCAAGGGGAGAAAGCCGGCUAAGCCGCCCUCUUUCGCGAGACCUGGCGCUGGUAAGGGCGGCUCGAAGACGGCUCCGUUGAAGAGGUCGUCCACGAGCACGUCUGUCGUCACCACAGCCGAGGUCUCCGCGUCGAUCAAGACUGUCUCCCGCACCACGCGCUGGGACAAGUGA